CUCCAGAAACCCGUUCCGCCCAACACGAUCUGGCUGUUGCGAUCAGUCGCAGUCUGGCUCACAUCUGGCACACGUUACAGGACCAACUGGUGAACCGGGUGGCUGAAACGUACACCGAUCUGGUUGGUCCUCUGAGACAGUUGAGUGAGACUGCAUGUCCAGCCUCUGGUGGACCACCGAAUGAAGCAGCUUUUAAUGAACAAAUGAAAGUGUUCCUGGUAUGUUUCUCUUUCUGUUCAUCAGAAGUAGUGCGUUUUGUACAAUUGUUCUUGAUAUUUUUGCAUUGCUCCAAUUUUCCCACACAUUUGGACAAAUUUAGCUUUUGUUAA